UCACAGAAGAUGAUUUGUGGAUCAGAACUUAUGCCAGACUUUAUCAGAAGCUUUGUUCUUCGACUGGAGAUAUUCCUAUAGGGAUCUACAGGACCGAAUCACAAAAACUGGUGACAUCUGAGUCUCGAGAAAUUUCUUCACAAUCUCAAAUUUCUAUCAGCGUGGAAGACUGGGAGGACACCAAAGAUAGCAAAGAACAAUGUAACUACCGUAGCAACCACCGUAACUCAACAUCAAGUGAUCAGUCAGAUCAUCCUUUGUUAAGACGAAAAAGCAUGCAGUGGGCUCGGCGGCUAAGCAGAAAAGUACCAAAGCAUUCAGCAAAAACAGCAGAGAAAAUAAGUCAGCAGAGAAUGAAUCUUUACAGAAGGUCAGAAAGACAAGAACUAGCCGAACUGGUGAAAAACAGAAUGAAACAUCUAGGACUCUCAACAGCAGGAUACGAUGAAAUGAAUGAUCACCAAAACACCCUCUCAUACAUUUUGAUCAAUCCUUCUCCAGACACCCGACUUGAACUGAAUGAUGUUGUAUACUUGAUUCGUCCAGAUCCAUUGUCCUAUGUUCCCAAAAGUGCAUCUAGCCAGAAAAACAGCUUCUGCAAUGCCAUUGGGCAAGACACCAGAGAAGAAACACAACUUUGAUACAUCACACGGUUCAGUGAUGGAAAGACAUUUUUAUACAAAUAACUGUUUUGGAAUUGAGUGGUGAUGACUUUAGCAUAACUGGAGUCUUCUGAGAACUGGAAUAUAAUGGUCAAUGGAUGUUAAUAGAACAACUGUUUUAUUGACAUUAUAGGAAUGAUUCUGAAAAACUGUCUGAGUUUUUAAAAUAAUUAUUCAGAUCCUGGAAUUAAAAGUAGCAGAACUAUUAAAAAAAACCUAAGCAAGUAUGCCAUGGUUUGCUAAUAGAAAGUAGAAUAACAAUAAUGCUGUACUCCAAAUCAUAUUUGUUAUUUUGGUUUCAAUUAACCAUUCUGCAACCAUUUCUGAUCACAAUAUCAUAGUGUAUAUUAUAAGUUCUGAAUUCCAGAUUUAUAAAAUUCUGGUUUGUGCAAAUAAAAUGAUAAUGUAAGGAAAGUUUGGACAAUUCCCUUUUCUAUCUUAAAAUUGGAAUUCCAAAUGAAAGCUCAGUAAGUUUGUUACUUGCUUAAGCUUUGAGCAAUAAUAAUCAGCCGUGUAUUUUUAUUGCCUCCUUUAGCCCAUUACAUUUUUAUACGCAACAUAUAUUUUUCCAGAAUGUUUAAUUCCAUGCUAUUUUCAAACCAUUGUUUGUUUCAAUUUGACACCUUUUCCCCACAC